CCCAGGAUGCACCUCGCAGCUGGCCUGUGCUUCCGGUUCCGGCGUAGCCCGGGGUUGAAGGAAGCCGCGGAGCGCCCUUGGACGCUGCGAGCUUCGUGGAUCUAACAUUGGCUUUCUGACCCUUGGUGCCAUUAAGUGACAAAGGUGAAAUGUCCCUGUCAGAGUGGCACAUCGCGGUGAAGCUGGCAGAUCAGCCGCUGGCUCCCAAAUCCAUCUUGCGCCUGCCAGAGACGGAGCUUGGAGAAUGCCCGCUUGGUGGGUGCAGCAUCUCCUACCUGAAGCAGCUGAUCACCGGGAAACUGCAGGAGUCUGUCCCAGACCCUGAGCUCAUUGAUCUGAUCUACUGUGGCCGUAAGCUGAGGGAUGACCAAACGCUUGAUUUUUAUGGCAUCCAGUCUGGCUCCACUGUUCACGUCCUGCGCAAGUCCUGGCCUGAGCCUGAUCAGAAACCAGAGCCGGUGGAUAAGGUGGCAGCGGUGCGGGAGUUCCGGGUCCUUCACACUGCCCUGCAUAGCAGUCCUGCCUACAGAGAUGCAGUCUUCAAAAUGCUAGGGAACAAGGAGUCACUGGAUCAGAUCAUUGUAGCUACUCCCGGCCUCAGCAGUGACCCUGUUGCUUUGGGAGUCCUGCAGGACAAGGAUCUCUUUUCAGUGUUUGCAGACCCCAACAUGCUGGACACGCUUAUUCCUGCUCACCCUGCCCUUGUGAAUGCCAUUGUCCUUGUUCUGCACUCGGUGGCUGGCAGCACCCCCCUCCCAGCCCCAGAGACGUCCUCUCGGAGCAUGUCGUCUGGCUCCUACCGGGAUAUGCCAGGUGGCUUUCUGUUCGAAGGUCUCUCAGAUGAAGAAGAUGACUUUCAUCAGAGCACAAGAUCGACACCAUCCAGCAGUGCUUCUGGUUCCCGCCCAGCUUCCCUUGGCUACUCUGGGGCUGCGGGACCCCGGCCGAUCACCCAGAGUGAGCUGGCGACCGCCCUGGCCCUGGCUAGCACCCCAGAGAGCAGCUCCCACACGCCUACUCCUGGCACUCAGGGCCACUCCUCUGGGACCUCCCCAAUGUCAUCCAGUGUCCAGUCGGGAACACCCAUCACCAAUGACCUCUUCAGCCAGGCUUUACAACAUGCCCUGCAGGCCUCCGGGCAGCCCAGCCUGCAGAGCCAGUGGCAACCACAGCUUCAGCAGCUGCGAGACAUGGGCAUACACGAUGAUGAGCUAAGCCUCCGGGCCCUGCAGGCCACUGGAGGGGACAUCCAGGCUGCCCUGGAGCUCAUCUUUGCUGGUGGGGCUCCCUAGCUUUGGUCUAGAGAGUCUGGACUGGUGCGUUGCGCUGAGGCAGCUGUGAUGCUCCUCGGUCUGAGACUCAGCCCUGAAACACUUUCCUGCACUGGGGCUUUGCUCUUGGGCACUGAGCGGUUGGGGCGGCUGCUCCUUUCCUCGCAGGUGGCUGUGUGCUCCUGUUUGAUGAGAACACUGACCAUGCUAAGGGCAGUUUCUCCAGCUCCAGUUAUCUCUCUCCAACUUCCCCGUCUCCCCACUCUGGCCACCAGAGACGAGACCUUGGAGCUUUGCACAGCACAGAGAAAGAUUGGUGGCUCUUGUGCUCCAGGAGAUGUGGCGUCUGCAUUUCUGCAAUCUUAGAUGUUUCAGCACAUUCUCCUGCCCGCUGUUUUGUUCCUGCCCACCUGACAUGCCUCAGGCUAUUCCGUUUUGCUGUUGUGGUUCCUCUGUUUGACUGUAUUAAAUGGACUGUCUUCA